UGGCUGUGGCGGCGGCCGCCAGGUGGCAGCGUGUUGUGUUGACAAGUGAGGCUGCGGCGGCAUGAGGUGGCGGGCCGGCGCUUAUUUCUCCUAUAUUACUUGACUAAAACUGAGCCAUCAUGAGUAUAUUACAGAAAAUAGCCGACAUCGAGGCCGAGAUGGCCCGAACUCAAAAAAAUAAAGCCACUAUGGGACAUUUAGGCUUACUAAAGGCUAAAUUGGCUAAGCUGAAACGAGAAUUAAUCACGCCAAAAGGGGGUGGUAGUGCUGCUGGUGAAGGCUUUGAUGUGGCCAAAACUGGUGAUGCCCGUAUUGGCUUUGUGGGUUUUCCAUCGGUGGGCAAAUCAACAUUACUGAGCAACCUGGCAGGUGUUUAUUCCGAGGUGGCAGCAUACGAGUUCACCACUCUAACCACUGUCCCAGGCUGCAUUAAAUACAAAGGAGCUAAAAUUCAGUUGCUUGAUCUUCCUGGUAUUAUUGAGGGGGCUAAAGAUGGCAAGGGGCGAGGUAAGCAGGUAAUUGCAGUGGCUCGCACCUGUUCCUUGAUCUUCAUUGUUUUGGAUGUGUUAAAACCCCUGGGUCAAAAGAAGCUGAUUGAAAAAGAAUUGGAAGGGUUUGGCAUCAGACUGAAUAAGGAGCCACCUCAAAUUACGUUCCGGAGAAAAGAGAAGGGUGGGGUGAACCUCCAGUGUGUUGUACAGCAGACUGAGCUGGACAAUGAACUUGUCAAGACAAUUUUGUCAGAGUAUCGCAUUCACAAUGCUGACAUUGUGCUAAAGUAUGAUGCAACAGCUGAUGACCUAAUUGACGUGAUAGAGGGCAACCGUGUCUAUAUUCCAUGCAUCUACCUUCUCAAUAAAAUUGAUCAAAUCAGUAUUGAAGAGUUGGACAUUAUCUAUCGGAUCCCUCACUGUGUGCCAAUAUCUGCUCACCACAAAUGGAACUUUGAUGACUUGCUCGAGAAGAUGUGGCUGUACCUAAAUCUCUGCAGAAUAUACACAAAGCCCAAGGGUCAGCUACCAGACUACAGUUCACCAGUUGUGCUGCGAGCAGAUAAGAAGACAGUUGAAGAUUUCUGUAAUAAAAUUCAUCGCACCAUUAUAAGGGAGUUCAAAUAUGCUUUAGUGUGGGGAAGUUCAGUGAAACAUCAACCACAGAAGGUGGGAAAAGAACAUGUUUUGAAUGAUGAAGAUGUCGUUCAGAUAUGUAAGAAAGUUUAACAUUUUCAUCAGUGGACCUAACAUUGUUGUUUAUAUACAAAUGCUUCAGGAGAGAGUAUAGUGCACAUGAUUAUAGCUCAAGAGGAUGCUGUAAUAACUUUAUCUUCAUCAGACUUAAUCCUUUAUCAUAGGUAAAGGUGAGCUUUACAUCAAAUACACUGAUCAUGUACAUUACCAUUGAGGGUUACCAAAUUGGUUUUGCUAUUUACUUAUUUUUUCUUUGCCAAUUAAUAAAUUAUAAUUUGAAGACA